AUGAUCGUUAUGCUUGCAGCUCGUGUCGCACAGCUUGUGUUUGCUGCUGUCGUUCUAGCUCUAUCUGUGGUUUUAAUCAAAGGAUAUGGACCUGGCUCUGCGCCUGCUUUGAUCUCUUAUGGUGCUUUCUGUGGUGGAGCAGCAAUUGUGGUCGCUGCUGUUAAUGUGCUUGCUCUCUUUCUUGACAAACUUCAAGGCAUCAUCAUGCUUGCUCUUGAUGGAUUAGCGUCCUUCUUCCUUGUGGCAGGAGGUAUUGCUUUUGCUGUGAGCAUUAAGACUGGCGAUUGUAAAGACCAGGUAUACACCUUUAAGCACAAGUCUACUUUCUAUCCGAGCUUUACGAAGACAUACCCUACAACGUCGGAGAAGAAAGCUGCAAGGAUGGCACGAGAUGACAUCGUGUCAAGAUGCCGUAUGGUUACUGCGGAGACGGCCAUACUCUGGUUCACCUUCGCAUGCUUCCUCGCAACCGUGGUACUUGCCUUCCUCACGGGCAGAUCGGGCAAGAGAGGAGGUGCCAUUGUCUAG